AUGGAUCUGGACGGUGCAGAAAGCAAAUCUUUAUUCGCACAAGUCCAAUUCUGCAUCGUGCAAACCGGGGAUCUUCGAGGAGACAGCGCACGCGAGCUUGCCAAGUUACUGGAAGACAAUGGGGCCGAAGAGAUAACCAGGACAGCAAUCGCGGACCCGAUUCCUUUGCAAGACAUCACACACAUCAUCUCAACCACAACGGAUUUCCCUGAGUACGGAGCAGCCAACGAUGCGCUGAAGUCUGUGGUCAAGCCAGAUUGGGUGAAAGCCUCGAUUGCUAAAGGCAGACUUGCAAAUCCUCGACAAUACAGCCCAGAUCCUAGGCUAUUCUUCUCCGGUCUGGUCGUUUGUUGCGUCGAUCUACCAAGUGGAGAUUCAGAUGCUAUCAUUGGAGGCGUUCUCGCCAUGGGUGGACUGUACUCUAGUUCAGUAUCGAAGAUGGUCACCCACAUUGUAGCCCUGACUAUGGACUCGGACAAGUGCAAAACGGCCAUCAGCAGGAACGUCAAGUGUAAAUUUGUUUUGCCACACUGGUUCGACGACUGCCUCAAACUAGGCAAACGAAUUGAUGAAGCGCCCUAUUGCCUGCCGGAUCCCGAGAUCCUACGGAAACGCCCUGAAGAUCGUAUACCCGAGGCCGGACGGCAAGACAUGCUAGGUGCAUCAUCUCCUAAACCUGAUCGGCUGCCCACGCCUUCCAGCUCGCCCAGCGCGAAUCGUCGCCAACUCACGGUCUUCAAGGGUAAGAAGGUCAUGCUCUCUCGGGAUCUCGAAUUGGGGAGUCAUCUUUUGGGCACUAUUGAAGAUCUGAUCUUAAACGGUGGAGGGAUGGUGACUGGCAGCGUAUACAAAGCCGACAUCUUCAUCUGUCAUUACCGAGAGUCGCUUGACUACCGGAUAGCCUCCAGGGCCGGGAAGGACGUCGGAAACUUGGCUUGGCUCUAUUACCUUAUCACUCACAACGCAUGGACUUCCCCUUUGCGACGGCUGUUACACUAUCCGGUUGCUCACCAGGGUCUUCCUGGCUUCAGUAUAUUUCGUAUCAGUCUCUCGAAUUACAAUGGUGAGGCUCGUGUGUACUUGGAAAAUCUUGCCAAAGCGGCAGGAGGAGAAUUUACCAAGACUAUGAAGGAGGACAACACCCAUCUAAUUACUGCUCAUAUGGUUAGUGAAAAAUGCGACGCGGCAAAGGAGUGGAACAUUCACAUGGUCAAUCACCUUUGGCUUGAAGAGAGCUACGCCAAAUGGCAGAUACAGACCGUCUCUGAUCCGCGCUACAACCAUUUUCCGACCCGUACCAACUUAGGCGAAGUUGUUGGGCAGACGCCAAUUGACAAACAGGCAGUUGAAAAAAUGUUCUUCCCUCUUGGGUCCGACGUUGAUCCCUCUGCUGAGAGUGACGAUGUGCCGAGGCCAAUGUCUGUGAAACCUCCUAACGCUACAUCUUCAAGGAGUACGAAUGCCAUGAAACCCCAACCAUCGCGUUCUGCGGGGAGUCAAGAAGUACCUUUCCGUGCUCUUCAAUCUGAUGGCCAUACCCCCAAGGCUUCGAAAGAGAAUAGGAGACAUACAGAGGGCAACGCAGUUCGAACACCAGCCUCUUCACGAUUCAUCGGCCAGGGUAAAGAGAACGAGACACCUUCUACCACAGGCAGUCGCAGUGCAAAGGACAAGGCAGUCGCAAAGUUGCACGAUCUCGCUCCUGAUAUCGCACUUUUCCAAAAAGAGAGAAAGAGAGUUGGUGGGGUUACCCAUGGAGGUCGCAAGUCAAGCGAAGAUUUGGUACCCGAAGUCAACAGGAAGCGAUCGGUAUCGAAAGACGAAGAUACCGAUACAGGAGCAGAUGAAGAGACCAGGGCGACGAAGAGGGCUAAGAAGUCAAAGGGGCUUGCUCCUCCAUCGAUGCGUUUGGCGCUCUCUGGAUACAAGGGGUGGGUAAGUGCUGCCAAAAAGGAAGGCGAAGAGCGCGCACGACUUCGAGCGAUGGGAAUACUGAUCGUCCCUGAUGUCGCCAGUUGCACUCAUCUUGCUUCUCCUCAUAUCCUCCGCACACAAAAGUUCAUCUGCGCGCUGGCACACGCUCCCAUUAUCCUAUCUACCGACUUUGUAAACGAUUGCCUCUCACAAAACAAGCGCCUUGAGCCAGAGAAUUAUCUGCUGCAAGACACCGAGAGCGAAAAGCGAAUGGGCUACAAGCUCAGCGAUUCCCUCGUUCGAGCAAAGAGCAACAAAGGUCAGCUCCUUCGAGGGUACUCGAUUUAUUGUACCGAGCUCAUUCACGGCGGCUUUGAGACAUACAAGUCCAUCGCGGAGGUGAAUGGUGGCAAGUGCCUCAUGUAUCGUGCUCGCGCUGGAUUCACGGCAACGCUGCGAGCAGGUCUGGACGAAGAGGGUGACGACUUCGAGGCUAGUUCGCCCGGAUACGUGUACCUUAUCAGUGGUACUACUCCAGAAGAGGCGAAAUUGUGGCCGAAAUUCCGGCAAAUGAUCGACGGAAUGGGCAAGAACCCUCUCGUUGUCCGCCACGACUGGAUAGUGGACCUUGCGCUGUCGCAAAAGCACCAAUGGCGUGACUCUUAUAAUUUGACUGAAAAGGAUAUCACACUUACGGCUUGA